GUCCAGUAGCCUGCUAGCUAUCUAUCAGUGAUCCCUCGCGAACGAUGUGGGACGGGCUGGAGAGCGCGGCGACCGUGGCGCAGCUGGUCGGUCUCGACGUCGGCGGCCUCAUCACCAUGAUCGGGCAGGCGGCGCGGAAGGCUCGGCAGAACACCAAGGACUGCGAGCACCUAGCCCGCCGCGUCGGCAUGCUCGCGGAGCUGGUCCCCCACCUGCAGGACCCGGAGGCCAGGCGGGCGGUGGCCGGGCUCAAAGAUGCGCUCGUGGAGGCUCACCAGCUCAUCACAUCCUGCCAGAGGAGGGGGCUCACGUCCCAGCUGUUCUCGGCGUCCAGGCAGGCCGACAGGUUCAGGGACGUCGAGCGCAAGAUCGAAACCUGCGUGUCCAUCAUCCCUGUCAUCGGCUACAUCGGCAUAACAAGACGCCUCGAUGGUUCGCAAUCCCAGUCCCAGCUGUCGGCGGGAGGGGCUGAGGAUCGGGAGUUCACGCUGGCGGAGAUCGCCGUGGCCACCAACAACUUCGCCGUCGUGCUCAGCAACGACGCCGACACUGGCACCAAGGUAUACAAGGGAAGGCUCCUGCAGAACGGGCCUGAGGUGGCCGUCAAGCGCCUCAACCGCGCGCGGCGGGGAGCGGAGGACGCCUUCUUCGCGGAGCAGCACAUCCUCUCGCCGCUCCGCCACGACCGCAUCGUCCGCCUCCUGGGCACCUGCGCCGACGACGGCGAGCGCAUGCUGCUCACCCAGUACAUGCCCAACGGCUCGCUCCACGACCACCUGCACGGGCACCACCUGUCGUCCUCGUCGGCGUCGCCGGUGACGGCGUCCUGGAGGACUCGCGUCCAGGUGCUGGUUGGCACGGCGCGCGCCGUCGAGCACCUGCACUGCCACGCCGUGCCUCUCAUCAUCCACGGCAACGUCGCCUCCUCCAACGUCCUCCUGGACGCCGCCUGGGCGCCGCGCCUGGCCGGCUUCGGCGCAUCGGUGUGGCGCGCGGCCGGCGUGGACUCCCAGCCCGUGGAGGUCGCCGGCGCCGCGUCGUGCGGCGGGUACGCCGACCCGGAGUACUGCGGCACGGGCCGGAUCAGGCCGGCGAGCGACGUUUACGGCCUCGGCGUGCUGAUGCUCGAGGUCCUGACGGGGCAACCACCGGUGGUCAGUGUCUGGGACGCGGCGAAGCAGGGCGUGGUGGCCGUGACCUUGGCGUCGUUCGCGCUGCCGAGCAUCCAGGCCGGCCGGCUUGGGGACGUGCUCGACAGGCGUCCGGCGCCGCAGCAGCUCCAGCCGCUGCAGCUGGUGGCCAACAUGGCGGCGCGUUGUCUGCAUCUGCAGGGGGGUAGUCGCCCGGCCAUAUCAGACGUCGUCGCCAACCUCGAGCAGGCACUCCGCCUCAUAUGAAAGCAUGUGGACAUCUUUGCUUGUACAAAAGUGAACUUGCUUGUCGUUCAGCUAGCUAUGAUGCUCAAACUGUGUCUGUGUGUACGUUUGGUCCGUGCGAGUCCUCCUAGUAGACCAUGGUAGACUUGCAACAUUUGCGCAACAUCUCCUACUAGAGAAGCAGCAGGGUGCAUCAAUGAUGGUGCCCAAAUAUGGCUGCCAGCGUCCUUGCAUUGCUCCACCAUUACCCAUGAUUUUCUUGAUUGCUUUGUCUC